GUGGUGUGUUGGUGGCGUACAAAAGUGGUAGCUAAAGGUUGCUCCAAAGUGCUCGUGAAAAAUUGCAAAAUCUGCGGUGAAAAACUGAUCAAAGUUUUCCGAAUCUAUGUGCAAAGUAUCGACGGUGUUCCGGGGAAGGUUUUUAAUUAGUUUUUCAUUACGUUGCAAAGUGCGUUGAUGCUAAAACUCGUUUCAAAGUAGGUCGUGGUCGAGGCAAGUUUUUUUUUGGCUACGGUGCGGUGUGGUGGUUCAGGAUAUUGAACGCCUGCUUUGUCGCGUUUUGUGUGCUCUUGUGCGUCGUCUUUGCUACACAUGCUCAGCAGUAGCGAGAGGCAUCAGGUACGAAGCGACACGGUCUACUACGAUGCUCUUUCCCCCGAUGCGGCUGUUCGACGACCGACAUUAUCCUGCCUAGCGUUGUAGUGAGUAGUCGGACUGGUACGGACUGCGUUGUGCUGUGGCCCAUUGCCCAGAGUUUCGAACGAAGCAAGCGAGCGGAGUGUGCAGUGAAGGUAGAGAGAGUUCUUCAGAAAAUGAAUCCGCUGGGCGUUGUGGAAGAUCCGUAGACCGAUUUGUAUACAUUGGUGGUAGUUUUUCGUUUCGCUGGUAGAUUUCAAGUUGGCUCUGUUUCCGUGUGUGUUUCCACAUAGAUGAUUUCUGUUCACGGUUCGUUCGUGCGGUAGAUACGGUCGGAGUGAUUAGGUGCGAGAUAUUGAACGAUCAAGACAACAAAAUGGAUACUGCAGUAGAAGCAGCUGCUGCCCAAGUGUACGACGAUAAUGUUACCUCCGGUGAGGACCAAUUGGUGGCGCUUGACAAAAUGUGUCGCCUAUGCUGCUCGGACGGCGAAGUGGACUUGAGUGUGUUGUUUCCGGAAGGUUCCUCUUACCAUGCGAAUCAGUUGCUGCUCAAAAAGAUCUACGAGUGCACUACAGUACAGAUCAUCAAUGAGGGGGACGAUCAGAACGCGAUGAUAUGUGCGGCCUGUAUCGCAAAAAUUGACGAUUUCUACUCGUACCGCGAGCAGUGCCGCGCCAAUGACGACCGCAUCCGUCAAAGGGCUGCUGCCGAGGUGGUUCAUCAUGCCGUGCCCGAAAUCCACAUCAAACAGGAGAAAGAUCUGCAGCUGGAGAUUAAUAUCUCCGAGCCACCAAUCUCGCUGGCAGCCGCCUGCGAGGAAGGAUUUCAACAACCGGAAGACUCAUUACAUCCCAGGCCCACGAGAACGACGACAGCGAACGAGGUUCAUGGUGGUCUCGAGCAUAAUACAGAAGACAAAGAAGAAGACAGCCUACUCCAACCCAUGGGUACAAAAAAUUCAAGUCCACCAGAUUUAAGCGAUGAGAUUAUAAUAAAACGGGAAGUCAUCGUCGAUGACGACGAGGUGUAUUACAACAGCGACGGGGAAGCGGUCAGUGUGCCGCCGCAUCUCAAACAGAAUGCAGAAUCUCGCAAAGCAAUGACAGCUACUACCAGUGAUAACAGUAGCAAUGGAAAAAAGUUAAAUUAUCGUAUAAUUAUGACACCCACCAAUCGGGAGCGGUUGGUGUAUCAAGGGUAUCUAUACUGUCGACAUUUCAGCCGUCGGGAUGGUUCGGUCCACUGGCGUUGCCGGCUAGGCGGCUGCCAGGCAGCCGUUAACCUAAAUUUGGAUAACACAAUAUCUCCCGCUAACAACAACAAACACAGCCAUGCUCAGAACGCUCCCGUCGAAGGCGAUCUGGAAUUCGAACAAUACCAAAUGGGUCAAACAGAUAAUGUGGCGCUACUCGAAAGCUUUGGGAUACAUUACGGCGAUGAUGAUACUUUCGAUGACUCAAGUGUUAAUCUUUCGGAGUUAACCAGCGUUGACGAGGAAAGCAUUCGGAUAGUUCCGAACAAAAAGAAGGGCGAAACAUUGGUUCACCUUGGGUUCAAGUACUGUAAGCGGUACGUGAAGAUGGAUGGAUCGACGUACUGGAAGUGUAGAUCUAAUAAUAAUAAAUGUUCGGCGGGUAUUUAUGUAUAUCCGGAAUCCAAAGUGAGAUAUCACGGAACGCACAAUCACGAGCAAGUGGUAGGAGAUAUGUCAGAACUUGACAUGGAGAGUACGAUGGAUGACAGCCUGUUGCAACCGUACACGAUAAUGGAGGAUGUUGAAGAAAACGAGGAGGGAGAACAGGACUACCACGAAGAUAUGGCCGCACUACUAAUGCCCAACGUGGAAAUGAUGAUGCCAGAAGAGAAAAAGCCACCGGCUUCCAGUAAUUAUGAGGUGACAACCAACGUAAAAGGCCGGGAGUGCUUGAUCUACGAAGGCCACCAGUACAGCAAGGAUCGCGAGCGGUACGAUGGUGCAGUGUUGUGGCGGUGCCGUCGGAAUUACGAUAAAUGUCGAGCUGUUGCCAUCAUUUAUGUCGAUGGGCGGAUUGAGAAAUCCGGGGAGCACCGUCACGAAACGGAUAAGCGGUACCUGGAGAGACAGGAGCAAGGAACCGGCAGCCGAAUGUUCCGGCUUACAAAGAACCAAAGAGGAAAUGACGCGCUCGUCUUCGAAGGCCACCGUUUCAGCAAAGAAUGGUCCCGAGUGGAUGGUUCAAUCAUUUGGCGCUGCUCGUACCGAAGUGGCAUGUGCCGCGUGAAGGUGGUGCUCAAUGCGGAAGCCUACAUCCAUCGAAUGGGGGCCGAGCAUGAGCACGACCACGAACAGACCGAAGCGCCAGUGGAGGUCGAGUACUGUGACGAGGAGGUAGAGGUUCUCGACGAUCCAUUGCUCACAUCCACCAGAAGUCAACCGAAACUGUCGUUGUCUCUGCUGCCGCAGGUGCCACAGUGUCCGAAUUUCACCGCCGAGCAACAAAUGGCUGGCGGAUAUCGCAUCGUGAAAAACCGGAAAGGCUUCGAAGCUUUAGUUCAUGACGGAUACCGUUACUGUAAGGUACGUGUUCGACAGGAUGGUUCCAUCAAGUGGCUCUGUAAAAUGAAUAAGAAGACCUGCCGUGCGGCAGUUGAUUUGUUCCCUGACGGAACCAUAGCCAAAGCGACCGAGUUUGACCAUAACCACGAACGUCCAAACGACAUGGAUACAGUGGAUGAUGACGAAGAAAGCGAUAUUCCUGGACAGGAAAUUACGUACCCAAUUGAUCCGGAGGUAUUCGGCAGCAGUCAAUGGUAUUACGUUAAAAAUAGUAAGAACGGUAUUAGUAUGAUCCACGCGGGUUAUCGCUAUACGAAGAAAUGUGAGCGUGUUGACGGCACUUCACUGUGGCGUUGCUCAGCAUCUCAGAGGGGCUGCAAGGCCGGCGUUAUUCUGUUUCCCAACGAUACUUUGGCUAUGGUAGAGAACGCAGAACAUUCACACAAACCGAGCGAAAAUGUGAAACCAGCAGAUUAUGAGCAGGACGCGGAAGAACAGGACAAAACGCAAACAGAUGUAAUCGAUAUCAGUGAGCAGGAUGAUGGUGGCAAUGAGAUGCACUCACUGUUCUCGGUUCUUGGAGGAGGCGACGUCACCUGGAUGGGUGGUGCUAAUGAGGGCGACAACGAACAAACCGAACAGGAUAAUGAAUCUUCCGUUUGGUUUAACAGCUCAACGGAUCGUCCUUAUCCCCGACCACCAAAUGGAAAGACACCCGACUUUAGGAUCAUCAAGAACCGACGCAACACAGACAGUUUGGUCCACCGAGGAUAUCGGUACUGCAAGAUACGGGACCGGGUUGACGGUUCCAUUCUGUGGGCGUGUCAGAUGAACAAAAAGACCUGCAAGGCAUCGGUCAAUUUGACGACGGAUGGCCGCGUCGAGGUGAUCAAUGCCGGACACAACCACAACAAAACCGAUCGCGAUGAUGGUGAGACAGGUGAAACUUCUUAUAAUCAGAAUGUAUCGUAUGAGAUAAGCUCUGACGUUGAUCUGACAGCCGACGAAAUUCAGGACGAGCCGGAAGAACCUCCGGCGCCAGCACCUCCCGUGAAGCACCCGGACUACUACUACAGUGUCAACAAGAGCAACAACGAAUGCCUAAUUCACAAAGGCAAUCGUAUGUCCAAACGUUAUGAAAAACCUGACGGCACUACAUCUUGGCGGUGCUCGAUGAGUGGAAACACUUGCAUGGCUGGUGUGGUAAUCCAUGCCGAUGGUACACCGGAGGAGAAUGCCAUUAAGCAUAACCAUCACCCAUUGGUGGAUUUGCCGCCGGAAAUAGAACGUGUUCCCAAACCACCGCCACCACCGCCGCAACCGGUGACGCCAGUUAUCAGUGAGCCCAGUAAACCAUCCGGCUAUAAACGCAACGGAGACUCACUCGAGUGGGAAGGUUUCCACUAUCGUAAGAUCAAAGAGCUUCCAGAUGGUUGUAUCAUCUGGAUCUGUAACGUGGACAGCUGCCGAGUGGCUGUUAAAAUGCUCCCAUCUGGGCAACUGAAAAUGUUGAGUGAAUCAGAGCACAACCAUACGGCGUCGGGUCAACCUGUGCCACAAGUGUCUUCCUCCAUGGUCGCAGCUAAAACAUCAACGCCGUCGUCCACUGAUGGUAAAGGCCGUAGCUAUCGUCUAUUCAAAAACCAAAGAGGUCAGAUGACCCUGCUCUACCAAGGCUUCCGCUAUUCUAUCCGCAAUCGAAACCAGGACGGUAGCUCUUCUUGGAAGUGUCGGUCAAACAGCAGUUGCCGUGCUAUCAUAUUCCUCAUGCCGGACGAUCGUAUCGUACAGGGUAAUAACAACGCGGGUCAUAAUCACGACCCGAACUGGGAAUCCACCAAGAAACUGGAAUCUGUCGUUCCAACGCGGGUAAAUCCCUUGUACGAUUAUCUGAACAUUAUCCCCGGUGGCGGAAGUCGACCUCCGUCAUCCACAUCUAUAAAACCAGAGCCAGGCUCCAGUUCACUUCCGAAAGCUGGCCAGAAUACCACUCCGGCGGAAGUAAACUAUGGACGGAACGUGGUCGAGCAUAAGAAAUACUUCUAUCGGUUGAUCGUCCGUAAGAAGAAUGGGCGCGAGUAUUGGCGAUGCGUCCACUUCAAGAAUCGUUCCUGUCGGGCGGCACUGUUCUGUCGCGAUAACGGUGUGAUAGUGACAUCUACAAAUGGCAAAGAGCAUAAUCACAAGAGCGGGGAGGAUGCCAAGCCCCUACCACCAUCACAAUUCGCAGCAGCGCACAAACAAUCAUCCUCACUGGGACUCCAAGACACCGCAUCACGAUCAUCGGCGCAACCCUCCCCCAUAGAGGAAGUACAACUGGCCGAAAACGACGAGGAACGCUACAUCGAUCACGGUGACUACGUUAUCGCUAAGAAUCGCAAGGACCAAAACACCCUCAUCUACAAGGAUCGACGGUACUAUCUGUCCUACAAUCGGAGCGAUGGCUCGGCAGUGUGGCGCUGUGCCCACAGAAAACGCUACAAAUGUUACGCUUAUGUACGACUUCGGCCGGAUGGACGCUUGCUUAGCACCGGAGAGCAGGAUCAUUCGCACUCGAUGAAAACGGAAUUCAACCCUCCGGCGGCCGAAGUGAAACCAGUUAAGAAUUACAAAAUUGUAAAGAACCGCGUCGGUAACGAUAUUCUCAUUCACGAGAAUCAUCGGUUCCGACUUAAUUACCAAAGAAACGAUGGAACGACGCACUGGCGGUGCGUUUGGGCCAGAAGUAACCACUGCUCGGCAGGUGUCUAUUUGUUCGCCAACGGGGUGCUGAAGAAUGCUGCAAACGAAUCGGCAAUUGUCCACAACCAUCCGCCGCCCAGUCAAGUUCGGAAAGCAGUCAAUGCUAACGCAACUGCGGAACCUAAUGCUGGACCGUCAUCUUCAAAGGCGAGUUUCAAUGCCAACGACAAGCGAACCAUUCCGGAAGAUGAAGGUAUCACGGACUUCAAAUUUGUGGAAGAAGGUUCCAACAAGGUACUCGUGUGUCGUGGCUAUCGCUAUUGGUACACCUGGGUACGCAAGGAUGGUAGUAUUUACUACCGCUGUGCCGAGGUUAAAAAGCGUCAGUGCACAAUGGGCAUUUUGCUUCUAACGAAUGGCAAGCUGGUGCGUGCUGGAGAUCAAAGUCAUAAUCAUGAUCCUAGUCCGAAGGAGGAAGUUAAUGAUCUGGUAGCUCCGGUACAAGUGAAACAGGAACCGGUGAAAACACAAACGGAAAAUGAGGUAAUCGAACAGUAUGCUCCACUGGUUAUCCCUCAAGCGGGUGAUAACAAUUUCAAAAUCGCGAAAACAUCUCGCGGUGAAUCGUUGAUCUACCAGGGGUACCGGUACUGGGCAAAGAAUCGCUUGGCCAAUGGCAUUGUAUCACUUGUUUGCACUCGAAAGAAGAUGAAAAAAUGUGCGGCUAUGCUGCGGUUGCACACGAACGGUCGAGUUACGGACCCCAUGGGUGUGGGUCACACCCAUCCGCCGAAUCCGGAGGGUGGCGCGGAUGCACCUAUGAUGCAACCGAUUUCGGUCACUGUCACCCAGAAGCAAGUAGUGCCCAAACCGGCGGUUAUCGCCAGGGAACUUUCGUAUACGAUUAAGCCCAAUGUUCCGGCGUCUCAGCUCCCAGCACUGACGUUCAACGAAGAAUCCGAGGACGACACCGAAGAAGGGGAGGAAGCCAUUCUAGGAUCUAAGAGGUACACAUUCGUGAAGAGCUCCGCCCAAAGAAAUUUCAUCGUUUUCGAGGACUAUGUGUACGAUUUCGAACACAAACAGCACGAUGGCUGCGUAUUCUAUCGCUGCAAAACGAGUGAAUCCUGUCCAGCGACGUUAAUGCUGCUCAGUAAUGGUCGGGUUAUGCAUCUGGCCGAUUCCAUACACACGCACCUGAAGCCGGAUCUGUCGAUUUUACGACCCGUUGGACGAGGAUCAAAGGAAUUCAAGAUAGUGCAGAACAAAAAUGGAAGCAACAUACUGGUGCAUCGUGGUCACCGAUACACGACUCCUCGAUCGAAGACCGACGGAGCUGGUAUUUGGUAUUGUCACACAUAUAUUGCGAAUAUGAACCGACGUUGCUAUGUUCCUAUAGAGCUUCUACCGAAUGGUCGGGUAGCACCAGUGGGCGAUAAGCAACAUAGCCACAACCCACCGUUCAAAACAAAGCCUGAACCGGGUUAUGAUUCCAAAGACAACAUAGUCAAAGCAGAGCACAGCAAUGGUAUUGCCGAAGGCAAAACAGCCAAUAAUCGUAUGUUACUGCUUGGUGGGCACCGUUACAACUUCGCAAACAAACGUGACGAUGGAGCUAUCCUUUGGAAGUGCAUUGAAAAAACUUGCAAUGCUUCGAUGUACCGAAUGCCCGAUGGGCAAACUGUCAAAGGGCCAGAGCACAACCAUGAUCGAAUGGAAACGUUAGAAAACCCAGCGAAACGAAAGUUGUCCGAUUAUGAAAACAAGCGUAAGAUCUCAAGUCCGAAUGUGACUGAAGUAGAUUCAAAAUUUUCCUCUACAUCGGACCCGUCCUAUGUAAGAGCCGGCACAGCAGUCAGACCCAACCCUUAUAUUGGGAAACCGAUUAUUCAUGAUGGCUAUCGUUACAUAUACUACCUAACGCGGCGGGAUGGCUCGGAACAUUGGCGCUGUAGUCGAAGGCUUCCAAUGAAAUGUCGGGGAGGAUUGUACAAACUCAUCGAUGGAACACUGAUAAAAUCCAAUGAUGAAGGCCAUUCACAUCCACCGUACGUCAACAUGGAUGACUCCACAUCGAUGUCCUUCACUAUCACCGAAAUGUCCCAGGAAUCGUACGACGAUUCCGCCGACUUGGAAGAAGUGGCUGAAACUUCAGCCAGCGCAGAUCAGACGCAAACACCGUUCGUCGAUGACGAAGGUUCCUACGACUAUGAGCUGAUCGACGUCAAGGGAAAGAAACGGGGAAUGUAUCUCAUUCACAAGGGUGCCAUGUUUGUGGCCGGUCACACUAGGCGGGAUCGGGCGCGAUAUUAUCGUUGUCGAACCGCCGGCUGCAAAGUGGCCAUGUUGCUGCAUCGGAACGGACUGUUGAUGCGAUCCAAUGAACACACGCACGAUUGCCAGAACGCCGUGAAGACAGACGAACCCGAAAAAGAAGGCGACGAGGAUGAGGAAGAGCAAGAGCAAGAAGAAGAGGAAGACGAAGCUGAUGCCCCCAGCAGUAAGAAACUACGGCUGUCAAACGAUGAAGAGAGCUCUGAACCAGUGGCUGAGGAUGAGGCCGCAACUGUUAACGAACCAACUUCGGUUGCGAAUGGCGAAGAAGACCCUGUAGUGGAAGUAAAACAAGAACCAGCGGAUGAGCACUAGGCCCCUUUCGUACUAUAAACAGCAGAAUUAGUGCAUUUAGAACAAUACGCACGUGUUAAGCAUUAAAACAGUAGCAGUUCUUCUCCCAUGCAUACAAAUAUUUAACUACUGCAACAAAAACCGUAAGUAUUUAUCCUAUUGAUGUACAUUAAUUUAAAAAGUGUUUCCUGUAAUUUGAUGUAUUUUGACCUGAGAGCGCCACAAUAGUCUUACAGGAAUAUAAAAAAAUGUAAACGAAAUCAUUAGCACAUCAGUACGCUAAAUUUCAGUAGGACACAAAAGAAAUCCAGCGUUGUGACUAGAGAAGAAGCACGGUGUUCUGGUUUGAUGGAUUUACACGAUCUAUUAUUUUUCGCAGAUGAUCGGCCGAACAGAUUGUCUAGAUUGACGAACCAUCGUAUAUUUAGUACGGGUUUAAGUAUUAUUUUACUAGUUAAUAAUUUUAAUUAUUACAUGUUAUUCUAUAUAUAUUUUAUUCUAAAUAUUUCUAUAUGUUUUGUAAUGAUUUGUAAAAUUAAUUAUCCAUCCGAUGAGUGCCGAACGAUCAGAUAUUUUCUAAAUAAACCUGUUGUUAUCGGUAUGACAGUAAAAGAGAA